UUUUUAUUGAAAACUUGGCUUCAAAAUUAAUAUGUAUGCUUUAAGAUUGUAGAUAAAAGCAGCCCAGCAAAAGACACACACUGCAGUUUUGUGGAUCACUUCGGGAAACCGAAAUAACUGAUCAAUCACAGCACGCUGAAGCUGUUGCCUACGUGGACUUUGACCGAAAGCCGGCGAAUGUAAAUUUGGAACUGUUCCUGGCCUGGAACUGCAGUAACGUGCUACGCUAUUAUUAUUAAAAUUGGUAGUGCAGAAUUUAAAGCAAUGUCUACAGUAACAGCGGAGAAACUUUUGCCCAUAUCUACGGCACCUGAGAACCUACCCGCGGAGCGCAAGGCAAAUCCCCUGAAAUCGUUCAUCACCGGCGGCUUUGGCGGCAUUUGCAAUGUGCUCUCCGGCCAUCCGCUGGACACCAUCAAGGUGCGUUUACAAACGAUGCCACGCCCAUCACCAGGUGAACAGCCUAUGUAUCGUGGUACCUUUGACUGUGCAGCUAAGACGAUCCGCAAUGAGGGCUUCCGAGGCUUGUACAAGGGCAUGUCGGCACCGCUGACAGGAGUGGCUCCCAUUUUCGCCAUGUGCUUUGCUGGCUAUGCCCUCGGAAAACGAGUUCAGCAGACUGGCGAGGAUGCCAAGCUGACUUACUCACAAAUCUUUGUAGCAGGUUCAUUCUCCGGCCUGUUCUCCACGCUCAUCAUGGCUCCUGGAGAGCGCAUUAAGGUUUUGCUACAAACCCAGCAAGGUGCGGGUGGAGAGCGCAAAUAUAAUGGCAUGAUUGAUUGUGCCAUAAAGCUCUACAAGGAGGGAGGUUUGAGGAGCGUAUUCAAGGGCAGCUGCGCCACAAUGCUCAGGGAUUUGCCUGCCAACGGGCUAUAUUUUUUGGUCUAUGAAUACCUGCAAGAUGUCGCCAAGGCGAAAUCAGAAUCGGGAAAAAUCAACACGGCAUCCACUAUUUUUGCUGGGGGCGCUGCUGGCAUGGCUUAUUGGAUACUCGGAAUGCCUGCUGAUGUGCUGAAAAGUCGUUUGCAAUCAGCGCCUGAGGGUACCUACAAGCAUGGUGUGCGCAGCGUGUUCAAGGACCUUAUUGUAAAGGAUGGUCCACUGGCCUUAUAUAGGGGUGUCACACCCAUUAUGAUACGUGCGUUCCCAGCAAACGCCGCAUGUUUCUUUGGCAUCGAGUUAGCCAAUAACUUCUUUAGCAUUGUAACGCCGAAUUUUUAAAUUAAUUCUUUGUGUAUUUUUAUUGUAUUUUCUUACGUUGAAAAAGUAAAGAUCAUGUGAAUAUAUGCGUUAUUUAGAAAAAUCAA